AAAAACCCAACUUUGGGAGAAUACGUAUAAAUUUUUGCGACGAAAGGUUGAGCGUGCUGCUCCGGCCUUCCUUCGCGGGUAUAAGUUCGGCUCCUCCGCCACUCGCCCUCCUCUCUCCAUCUCUUCGUUUCUUUCUUCCCACAUCUCUCGAAAACCCUAACCCUAGGGGCGGAGACGGGCUUCCUCCUCCCCUUCAGCUCCCGGAAUUCAGAUGUUUCUGUUAUUUAUCAAUCUGGACAUGGUAAUGCGGCUAAUGUAUCUGUAGGUACAUGUUCUACGUAGAAGAGGCUAUCAGAAGAUGGGUCAUAUGAGACGUUGGCUGUGCUGUUCUUGUCAUUUGGAUGAGUCUUAUCAUGCUUAUGAGAAUGAAUACAAGAAGAGCCCUACAAAUGAUACAGAUGGACCACACAGAGGUUCGAAGUAUUCUGCUGCUCCCAAAAGUGAAACUGCAAAGGCACCACCUCCUAUUGAGGUGCCUGCACUGUCUUUAGAGGAAUUGAAAGAGACGACUGACAAUUUUGGUUCAAAGUCUUUGGUUGGUGAAGGAUCAUAUGGAAGGGUGUACUUUGCAGUUCUAAACAAUGGUAAACAGAUUGCUGUAAAGAAACUUGAUACUUCAUCAGAGGACAACUCCACUGAAUUUUUGACUCAGGUCUCUAUGGUAUCGCGGUUGAAACAUGAAAACUUUGUUGAAAUUCUGGGUUAUUGUGUAGAAGGAAAUAUGCGCUUGUUGGGUUAUGAAUUUGCAACAAUGGGCUCUUUACAUGAUGUUUUGCAUGGCAGAAAGGGAGUUCAAGGUGCACAACCUGGUCCAGUGCUGGACUGGAUGCAACGUGUGAGAAUAGCUGUUGAUGCAGCAAAGGGGCUAGAAUAUCUUCAUGAGAAGGUCCGGCCAUCUAUAGUACAUCGCGAUAUUAGAUCAAGUAAUGUCCUUCUGUUCGAGGAUUUUAGAGCAAAAAUUGCAGAUUUUAACCUUUCAAAUCAGGCUCCCGAUAUGGCUGCUCGUCUUCAUUCUACUCGAGUCUUGGGAACUUUUGGUUAUCAUGCACCAGAGUAUGCUAUGACGGGCCAACUGACACAAAAGAGUGAUGUAUAUAGCUUUGGGGUUGUUCUUUUAGAGCUGCUGACUGGCAGGAAACCUGUUGAUCAUACAAUGCCCAGAGGACAGCAGAGUCUGGUUACUUGGGCGACUCCAAGAUUGAGCGAGGACAAAGUCAAACAAUGUAUAGAUCCGAGAUUGAAGGGAGAUUAUCCGUCUAAAGGGGUUGCAAAGUUGGCAGCAGUGGCAGCUCUAUGUGUGCAGUAUGAAGCUGAGUUUAGGCCCAACAUGAGCAUCGUGAUGAAAGCUCUCUCUCCUCUCCUUGUAAAUAAGCAGGUUCCCCCACCUGUGGCCGUUCCUUCAGAAACAUUAUAUGCUUGAAGGAAGGAAUGAUUUGCAGUAAAUUGGUCUCCAGUCAGCUUCUUUGGGGUCCCUUUUUCUAGUUUGUGGCCUUGCUUUACUGAUUUUUAUGAGAUUCCUGUGGAAGAUUUGUGCUGUAUAGUUGAGUGAUUCAGUUGCUAGUUUACAUAUGGCUGAGAGACAAUAUGGGAUGACCAAGUAUUACAAAAGCUGUAACAUUUGUUACUUGUACUGCUUGUUUGGUUUGCUAUUUGUUGGCCUAAAGGCUUGCUAAUACGAUGCCCUAGUGGUGAUCGAUGAUCAUGGUUUGUUGGUUUA